CCCACGUACCCACGCGAUGGAGGCGUAUCGAUAAGCAAAUUAUGGAGGAAGCUCUGACCGUGGGCUAAAUUCGCCUGGCAACCGUAUUAUUGGGCCAACUUUGAACUGAAGGGAAACUUUGAUGCACUUUUCCGCCAUUUAACCAAACCAGCCCGAAAGUUCAACUCGUCGACCCCACACCCACCGAAUCCAACGGCCUUUACCCGAUUCCUUGGACGAGACCCGGCCGCGGGGACGUCGAAAUCUGCGCACGCGUCGUGUCUUGCAUCGUUCAGAAACAUCAGCGCGACCCGCGCCCGUCGCCGCCGCGAUGGCAGCCGAGUUCAUCGGCCUGCAGAUGCUGGUGACGCUGCGCGACCCGCCCACGAGACUCAAAGGUACCAUCAGCGCCGUUGAAGCCGGCUCUGGCUUGACUCUGAGCAACGUCUGGAUACUUGACACCAAUAAAUGGGAGCCAAGGCUGACGAUAUCUGCCUCAAACAUCGUCGAUGUUUCGGAAGUCCCUAGGGUCGCUCCUACAAACCCGCUCCUUGCGGCUCAGGCACCAACCCCACCGACCGUCACGCCGCAAACACAGCCGCUAGCGCCGCCGGCCAAGUCCGCAUUCAUAGACCCUGCCAUUGUGGCCGUCGGAAAGCGCCCCGGCUCUCUCCCGAACCGAGGACCCGACUCUGCGCAUCACCAACCUAAUACGAGCGAAAAGCGGGAUCCCGAGCCCUUAGUCGUUUCCCCGUCGGUGCAAAAUGAGUUCAACGAGCCGGAUCCUCUCCCCGCAAUUGUCGUUUCCGAGUCUAUAGAGGGCCUAAAGAUAGAAAACCAGGCGGCGGUUGUAGAGUCUGCGGACGAGCUGCCCGUGCCAGAGGUUGCUCUCGAAUACGGCCAAACAGCGGUGCAGAAGAAGAAGCGGCGGCAGAGAAAGACUGGAAACUCCAAGAAUGCGCCCGAGGAAGUUGAGGCAUCUCCUCAAGCCCCAAAGACUGCGAACCGAGGGAAAGGCUGGAGACAGACGCCUAUUCUGCAGAGUACUUCAUCAUUCCAACCGUUCGAUUCACUCAAGAGAAACAGUGCCAGAGGUAGGCCUGUCAAUGACAAUGGGUGGGCAUCUGAAGACGUCACAGACGUCCAGGAGGCGGGAGACUUUGAUUUUGGGGGCAGCCUCGCCAAGUUUGACAAGCAGCAGAUCUUUGAGCAGAUGAGGAAGGACGACGAGGUUGACGAGGCCGACCGCCUAGUCUCUCACAACCGCUACCCCCGCCCCAGGCUGGGCACCGGCGGUGGAAAGAAUCUCCACUAUUCGGAAAACGUCCUGGAUACGCCUGUGGCAACACUAAAGUCCAAAGAGAAGCCUACCAAGGAAGCAACUAAUGAUUUCUGGAACAGCGAGGCCGACGACGGUGUCUUGAAUGGGGGUGAGCGCCUGAGCGGCCGAGACAUGGGAAGCAGGCAAGGCUCGCGCCGCGGCGAGAGCAAGGUGUCGGUGACCCGGAGAUCACAGUCGCGCAAAGCUAGUGGCGCUGCCACUGGUCCGGGUCCCAGCAGAGUCAACUCUGGUGUAAGCCAUUACCGAACCCAGUCGCUCAAGGGAAGCCGGCCGAGUAGUCGGCUAUCGACGACGGUCGUGGCCACUGACAAGAGAUUUAUACAGCUCUCGACGCCUGCCACUGCGCAGGGUCUGUACAUGCUCCCGUCUAACCGCCGCGUAGAGCCCGUCUCGGCGCUGCAGAUGCUGAACCUGGAAAACAUUGCGCACAAUGAGAUUGGCCUGACGGAGGAGAUGAUGACGGAAAACGCCGGCCGGGGAAUCGCCCAGGUGACGCUGACUGCUCUCGCUGAUCCAGCUAUCAAGGUGCGCCACGCCGGCACUGUCGAUCCGUCGUCUGGGAAUCCGCCUCCCCAGACUGUUGUUGUUCUGGCCGGGAACAACAAGUCUGGCAGCCGGGCCGUCGCCGCGGCUCGCCAUCUUCGCAACAAAGGCAUCAACGUGCUCGUGUGCGUGGUGGGCCUGGAGCGCGGGGAACGCGACCUACUCGAAGAUGUGCGCCAACAGGUGCGGCUCUAUAAAAACCUCGGCGGGCGCAUCUUCUCCAAGAGCGACUUCUUCGAGCACCUGCGCAAGAUCAGCAUCCCCAUGUUGACCAUUGACACGCCCCGGACAUCACUCAGCAGCCUAGCAAACCCGGCGCCCGUCAUGUUGAUUAUCGACGCGCUCCUCGGUCUGGCUAUCUCGUUUGAGGAGCUGCGCAACGGCGACCAAGCCACCGUCUAUGAGCUGAUAGAGUGGGCAAACCGGAACGAGGCGUUUGUGCUCGCCGUCGAUAUCCCGACGGGGAUCGACCCCUCGUCGGGUACCGUUAGCGUCAUCGACGGCAACCGGCUCUACGUCAAGCCCCGAUACGUGGUGGCCGUCGGCGCCCCCAAGCGCGGACUGGUCGAGGCCAUGAUGGCGGCCGAGAACGACGAUAGCGAGACGGUGCUGGCGGGCGACGCGACGCUGCCCGACGACGCCGUCUCGGACUGGAAGCCAUUCCUGGUCGACAUUGGCCUUGGCCCGGCCGUCUGGAAGAAGGCCGGCACCAAGCUACGCCGGGGCAUCGACUUUGACGACAAGUGGGUGCUGGAAAUGAGGUACCAGGGCCUCUCGAUGGACGAGGACGAGUUGGUAUGAAGGUUGCACUGGGGGCCCGUCAAGCGUUCUAAAGUUAGGGGAAUUAUUGUUGUCAUACUGGGGCAAGGGGUUGCGGCAGCCUUUGGUUUUGUAGCGAUGCCACAUUUGCAUUCUCACGGGGCGGGUUUUCUCAGCAAGGAGUCGGUGCUUUGUAUUGCUAGUUUUUUUUUUGUUUUGUACUCUGGUUUCUUGUUGCUAUGGUGGAUUGAAAGCGGGCCGGUUCCUCAAACAUUUCAGAGUUCUUGUCCCGUCUACCAACCCAUAUUGCCCGAGUCGGAGCGUUUGAGUCGGAGUUUAAUGCUAUGCUUGACAAUUGCUUGUGUACAGCUUCAAAGCAAUGUACCUACUUGUCUACUUGCCUUACACUAUCCAUUUCCAUAAUAGUAACAAUAGGUGGAAAAUGAACAACAUGUGGUAGACU